CGGAGCUAUUCAAAACAAUGGCAACACUGUUCAGGAGGGCUGCAAGGCCGUCUAGCCUCGCAAGUCGAUAUUGGAAUGGGAUACGAUCAAUAUCGUCAAUAUCGCCGUUCUCUCUCCCUCCGAACCCAGCGCAACAACUAGCCCCGAAGGCAUGGUCCCCAACACCAUAUGUGACUGAGACAGUUGGAGGAGGCUGGCAUACAUACGAUAUCUACUCCCGCCUCCUCAAAGAACGAAUCAUCUGCCUCAACGGCACCGUCGACGAACAAACCUCAGCCAACAUCGUCGCUCAACUCCUCUUCCUCGAAGCUGACAACCCUGAAAAGCCAAUCUCCCUCUACAUAAACUCCCCAGGCGGUUCCGUCACGGCUGGUCUCGCAAUCUACGACACAAUGACCUACAUUCGAUGCCCCGUGACCACAAUCUGCAUGGGCCAAGCUGCGUCCAUGGGUUCAUUGCUGCUCUGUGGAGGUGCUCCGGGGAAUAGAUUUUGUCUGCCGCAUUCGAGUGUUAUGAUUCAUCAGCCGAGUGGAGGAUAUUCGGGACAGGCGAGUGAUAUUGCGAUUCAUGCGAAGGAGAUUCUGAGGGUGAGGAAUAAGUUGAAUAUAAUAUAUCAGAAGCAUUUGACCAAGGAGAGGAGUUUGGGCGAUAUCGAAAAGUUGAUGGAGCGGGACUAUUUCAUGGAUGCGCGGGAGGCGUUGGAAUUUGGAAUUGUAGAUCGAAUAUUAGAGAGACGUGAGACUGAGGAAGAGAAGAAGGACUGAUGGAUCUAGCAUUGUGUACGAUAUGAGGGACGCCGGUUUUGGUGGGAAGACUUCGCGGUCGGGGUCCUCGACCGAGGUGAGUCCAUUUGUGAUUGAUAUAUGCUCAAAAGAAGAAUAUGUAAUUUGUAUGGACAAGUCAUACAAUGAAGUCAAAUG